CAAAGUAGUUGUGAAAUAACGAGGUAAUUAUGGAGAUGUCACAGCCAGAUGCUCCUUAAUGGUUGCGUUGAAUUCUUUUUUUUUUUUUUUUUUUUUUUUUUAUUUGACAUGAAAAGCUUUACCAGGACCAAAUUAGCUUAAACCUUUAAAAGGGUGGGCAUCUCCAUGGCAAAAUCGCUUAGAUCCGAACUCACAGCUGGCUGAGGAGCUCUGGAUCUUCGAAUGAACAGGACUGGAAGCUGUAACACGUUUGGUUUAAGGUCCCCAGCGCCAUGAGCGCGGGCGAGGACGCGGCGUGGCUGCGCUGGGUGGCGAAGCAGUUUGAGAGCAUCGCCGGGGAGGACAGGCAAAUCGACCUGGAGGGGUUCAAAGCGGCUCUCAAGGUGAAGGAGUCCUUCUUUGCCGAGCGGCUCUUCGCGCUCUUCGACUCGGACGGCAGCGGGACCAUCAGCCUGGAGGAGCUGCUGAGCGCCCUGAGCCUGCUGGUGCACGGCAGCGAGACGGACAAGCUGAGGUUCCUCUUCCAGGUGUACGACGUAGACGGCAGCGGUGCCAUCGACCCGGCCGAGCUGCGCCUGGUGCUGCAGGCGUGCCUGCGGGAGAGCGCCGUGUCGCUGCCGCCGCCGCGCCUGGACGACCUGGCCCUGGCGCUCUUCGAGGCCGCCGACAAGGACCGCAGCGGCUCCAUCACCUUCGAGGAGCUGAGGGCAGAGCUGGAGGCUUUCCCGGGGGUGAUGGAGAACCUCACCUUCAGUGCCGUGAGCUGGCUGAAGCCCCCACCACCCCCGGAGAGGAGCCGCCGGCCGCUCUGCCUGACCGCGGCGUACUGGCACAACCACGGCAGCCAGCUCGCCUUCCUGGGGGGCUACACCAGCCUCAACCUCCUGCUCUUCGCCCUGGCCGCCCUGCGGCACGCCGGCCUCGGCGGGUGGGUGGCGGUGGCCCGGGGCUGCGGGCAGUGCCUGAACUUCAACUGCGCCUUCAUCGCCGUGCUGAUGCUGCGGAGGUGCCUGACCUGGCUGCGCGCCACCCCCGUGGCCCAGGUGCUGCCGCUGGACCACAGCGUGGGGCUCCACCAGCUCGUGGGCUACGUGGUGCUGGCGCUGGCUGCCGUCCACACGGGCGCACACGUGGCCAACUUCAGCAGGCUGGCACGGCAGGACGGGCACCGUGGUCUCACCGAGUUCCUCCUGACGGCGCGUCCCGGCGGCGGGGGGCUCGGCGGCACGGCCUCGCAGACCGGGCUGGCGCUGCAGGGGCUGCUGGCCACCAUGCUCGCCUUCUCCAGCCCCUGCGUCCGCCGUGGCGGGCACUUCGAGGUCUUCUACUGGAGCCACCUCUCCUACAUCUCCGUCUGGGCCCUGCUCGUCCUGCACGCCCCCAACUUCUGGAAGUGGUUCGUGGUGCCCGGGGGCCUCUUCGUGCUGGAGAAGGCGGUGGGCCUGGCCGCGUCCCGUGCCAUGGGGCUGCGCAUCGUGGAGGUCAACCUGCUGCCCUCCAAGGUGACGCACCUCGUGGUGCAGCGGCCGCGCUCGUUCCGCUUCAGGCCCGGCGACUACGUCUACCUGAACGUCCCGGCCAUCGCCGCCUACGAGUGGCACCCCUUCACCAUCAGCAGCGCCCCCGAGCAGCGAGACACCCUCUGGCUGCACGUGCGGGCGCGGGGGCAGUGGACCAGCAGGCUGCACGAGUACUUCAGGCAGCCCGAGGCAACGCAAGCCAGCGGGAACCUCGGGAAGGCGAGGUGGUGGCGGUGGGCACAGACACGUCUCUGCACCAGGCCUGGCUCACUGGGGGACUCCGUGGCUACCGCUGGGGACGAAGCCGUUGAGCUGACAUCGUACAGAGCCACCGGGGCACCCGCUGCCCCCCAGGGGAGGACGGACGAGGACCCGCCACCAGAGCUGGUAAGCACUGUUUCCACGGGGCCGGGCGAGAGCCGUCGGCUCUGCAGCAUCAAGUGCUACAUCGACGGCCCCUACGGCACCCCGACGCGCAGGAUCUUCACCUCGGAGCACGCCGUGCUCAUCGGCGCCGGCAUCGGCAUCACCCCGUUCGCCUCCAUCCUGCAGAGCAUCAUGUACAGGUACCGCCUGAGGAAGCAGAGCCACGACUACAAACAGUGUGAGACCCCGCGGGACGAGGACAUGGUGCUCAGGAAGGUCGACUUCAUCUGGAUAAACCGGGACCAGAAGCACUUCGAGUGGUUCGUCAGCCUGCUGGCGAAGCUGGAGCUGGAGCAGGCUGAGCAGGAGCCGGGAGGGCGGUUCCUGGAGCUGCACCUCUACAUGACGGCCGCCCUCGGCAAGAGCGACGUGAGGGCCGUGGGGCUGCAGCUGGCCCUGGACCUGCUGGCCGCCAAGGAGCACAAGGAUUCCAUCACGGGGCUGCGCGCCAGGACGCAGCCCGGCCGCCCCGACUGGAGCAAGGUGUUUGGCAAGGUGGCCGAGGAGAGGAAAGGGAAGGUGCAGGUUUUCUUCUGCGGCUCCCCGGCGUUGGCCAAGGUCAUCAAAGCGCACUGCGAGCGCUUCGGCUUCCGCUUCUUCAAGGAAAACUUCUGACGUGGGGGGUGCUGGGGGCACCCGGUGCCAUUCAG